AUGAGACGGACCGUCUUUAGGUUGAGGCAAUUGCCUCCUACGACUGAUAGACUGGAUAUCAUCAACCUAUUGACGGAAUCCACCGGGGUCAAGGCUUCGGCAAUCAAGGUCUUCUCAUUGGCGCGUUCUGUUGAUAUAUAUAAUCCCAGCAGCAAAAUAGCGACACUGAUGUUUGAUCCUGAGAUUGACAUCUAUUUGUCCCUUAAAAUCUUCGCCACUGGGAACUCCGGCGAUGAGUGGAAAAUCAAGAUUGAUAACCUUCCACACACUCUUAUUUUGGACACUCAUUUUAGAGGCUUCACUCCACUUCAUGAUCCAGAAGACCACCAGGCAGAUUGCAUUGCGCUUUCCGGACUGGCCAGCCACCCGUUUGGCUCAUGGCAACAGAAGGAUGGGUCGAAAACAUUCAUGUGGAUUCGUGAUGCACUGCCCAAGUCCUUGCCGAGGGUGAGGCCAAUUCUAUAUGGAUAUGAUACUGUGUUACAGAACAGCAAUUCAUUCCAAUCUAUAUUGGAUAUCGCUUGUGGCCUCCUCAACCAGUUGCGAGCUUGUGGCUGGGCAUCACCAACUGCAAAGCCUCUCCUGUUCCUUGCGCAUAGCCUGGGCGGUCUCGUAUUAAAACAAGCCUUCGUAUCCCUCGCCAAUACUUUGCAAUCAGAUAACACGUUGAGAGGUUCAGUCAAAGGAGGCAUCCUGUUUGGUGCUCCUAAUUUUGGCAUGGAGCAGACAAGUCUGCUGUCUAUGGUGAGAGGGCAAUCUAACGAGGGGCUUGUUCGAGACCUAGCCCUAGGUUCCCAGUACCUCUCCCAUCUUGAUAAGCAGUUUGCUGGCCUAUCAUUUCUUCAGGACGCUAAAAUUUAUUGGGCCUACGAAACAAGACAGUCCCCAACAGUUAUGCAAGAUUCCGAUCAAAAUUGGUCUAGAAGUGGCCCAGAGAAGAUCCUUGUGACCCCUUACUCAGCAACUCGAGGUUUAUAUACUCGCAAAGAUCACACAGAAUAUGUAUUUCCCAUCAAUGAGGAUCACUCUACAAUGGUUAAAUUCUCAGAAGAUGACCACAUAUACUCUGUUCUCGUGCAUAAGUUAUCCUCUAUCAUGGAGAAAAUCGAAACCGAUAUUCGUCACGAACUUCUGCGGACUGGCUCAGCAUUGUACCAGGCAGUCGAAAUGGGAGAUGACUCUCUGUCGAUCGACACGUUUGAUGGCAUGCCACCAGAUAGUGAAGCUCCAAGCACUUCAAACGCCCCAACCAUGGAUGAGGUCCUAAAGUCUUUGGAAGUACCUGAACAGCAUCGUCGGUUAGAUGAAAUUGAAGAGAGGUUCAAGACAACUUUGGAUUGGGUUUUUGACCUUCCCGAGUCUGGUUUCAGUGAUUGGUUGCAGCAUGGCACGGGCAUCUUCUGGAUCAAUGGUAAACCAGGCUCUGGAAAGUCCACUCUGAUGAAGUUUAUUGUUCAAGAUACUAGAACGCACACGCUACUAUCGGAUUGGAAAACGAGACACUCUCCGAUAUACGUAUCCUUCUUCUUUCACCAUCGAGGCACAUCUGUACAAAAAUCAUUUGAAGGCCUCUUGAGAAGCAUUAUUCACCAGAUACUCAGCAGCCAGCCGGAUUUCAACACAAUACUGACUCAGUUCAUUGAAGGAGGUGACUUUGUAUCCUCUGACUGUUGGACUCUGCUCAAGCUUCAGACUGUAUUGCAUGAAAUACUUGAGCAAACAGCUAUACCUUUGCAUCUCACCAUAUUCCUCGAUGCCCUCGACGAGUAUGACGGACCAAAAGAGUUCAUUUGCAGAUUCUUAAUCGAUAUUGCAAAUAUAGCUCAAACACCUACUAAAGACAUUCGCGUCUGUUUCUCUAGCAGACCCUGGGACAUCUUUGUUGCCAACUUCCAGAAGUACCCCACCCUCCGGCCUGAGGAUUUCACUCGAGAGGAUAUCAUGAGCUACUGCCUCAACUCCCUCAAGAAUGAAGAGAUUUCAUCCUCAGACUAUGAGAGCCUGAUCACCGAGUUAGUUGGUCGCUCUCGGGGCGUAUUUCUUUGGGUUAAACUGGUAGUGAAGGACCUCGCUAUAGCUAUCCAGAAUAACCAGAGCAGGGAGGAGCUGGGGAAAUAUCUUCGGUCGCUGCCUAUCGAGCUCGAUGACUACUACGCCGAGAUUAUUACCCGUAUCCCUCUCUCCCACAGAUGGAAGACCUACGCAAUGCUUGAAGUGGCAGUUCGGCCAGAGGAACCCUUGGAGGCCAGAGAAUUCAUAUGUGCUGUUGAGUGCUCAGACUGCAAAACGUACCAGGCCGGUAUCGCCACACUGCUGAAGUUUCGGGAAUACUCAGAUAACAAUUUCUCGGGCUUUACCCAACGAAGAUCCAAGUUCCACUGUGGGGGCCUAGUCGAAGUCCUGACUACUGGGACUGUCCAGGUCCUCCACCAAACCGUUGUUGACUUCGUUUGUGAUACAAAAUUCAAAAGCUUGAUCCUUCAAGAACGCGCAAAGAUCACAAUGGAUAACGGAUGGACUUUCUUGGCAAAGUAUCGAUUGUUGGAAUCGGAAAUUGUCGAAAGCCAGGGCUGGCAUAUUACAAAAGCCGUGAGAUAUUCGAUCGAGUCAGAAAUGACAACUGGGCGUGGCCUCAAGUUGUUCUUGGACACUUUUCCUCCAUCAUUCUUUUGCAGAGGAGGUGGCGAUGAUUCUUGUUCGACUACAGCAUUUGGCUUUGCUACGCUUACGGGACUUCGCUUAUACAUGAUCGAGACGUUGGAGGUUGAUCCCCAAGCCUUGGACAACUGCCCGGAUCCUCUGUUGGCUUUGGCUGUCACUCGACUCGCAAACUUUCCUGAUAAGGACAUCAUAGCAACGACUACGCUCAUUUUGCAGAGAAGAGGCGAAUGGGUGCGACGACUGGAUAUCACAGUCCCUGUAAUGCGAACAAUAUUAAAAAGAAACACGUUGUUUCAGUGGGUAGCUGGACACGAAGAUGCUGACUUCGACCUUGUCAAUUUGCUAAUUGACUGGGGAAUAUCUCCCGACAUUGAUCUUGGACAGAUCCGUGAGCACAGGUGGGCUCUGGUCAAGGUAAGCCUCAUGAACAUCAAAGAUGCCGCCAUUGAGUAG